AUGUACCGUGUGUACAGAGUGGCCAUCACUAACAGAGCCGUCUGCUGUGAAAGCAGGAUAAACGGAGCAGAGAUUCGGAUUGGGAACAAUUCCUCAGAUGUUUUCAGCAACCCAGUAUGUGCUGUGGUUUCUACUAUUCCAGCAGGAGCUACCUACAGCUACUCGUGUGAUGGGAUGGAGGGACGUUAUGUUACUGUGAAUAUUCCUGGAGAUUUAAGGACUCUUACUCUGUGUGAGGUGGAGGUCUAUGGAGAAGGUCCUUUACUGAAGAGAACUUUCCUGAAGAUGAAACUGAAGUCCAGUUGGAGUCUGUCUGAUCCUGCGGUGAGAGUCCAGCUCCUGUCACAGCUCCAGUCUGUUUUGGUGGAACGAGGGUUUUCUGACGUGACGCUGCAAUGGACUCAACCGCCAGAACAGGAAGUGAUGCGGAAGGAAGCUGCAGCUAAAUGUGCUGUUAGAAAGAGACGAUGAUGAUCAUGGUGAUGAUGAUGAUGAUGAUGAUGAUGAUGAUUGGGAAACCUAAACUCUCUUCAGUUCAGCUUUGAUGUUUCUUUAUUUACAAGCUUGAAUGUUCUCCCGUCCUCAAUGUU